AUCAAAUACCCGAUAUCCGAUCCGGAAUUCCCUGGACCGUAUUCAGGUAACCCGGAAAUAAUUUCCACAAAAUAACCCGACCCGAUUGGCCAUCCCUAAACCCAAACGCAAUUCCCAACUGUACUUCACUCCGAUCAAAUUAUUGGGUUCAAGCUGAUGAUCUAAUCACCAUUACUAAAAACCUCUGAAACCCUAGCAAUGGGAGUAGUAAUCGAAUCCGAAUUCUGGGAACCAAACCAAUCAAUAUGCAUUUUCUUAUUCAUCUUCUGCGUCUUGUCAAUCUUCCUUUUGCCCACCAAACCCGCCGCGAAUGUCUUGGAUCACGCGCCUCCCGGCGCGUUUCUCCGUUUCCAGCGGAAGUUUCUCCUCCUCUACGCUCUCUCCUCAGUGAUGGAGGGUUUGUGGGCUGUGUUUGGAGAGUACGAGUUUGCAUAUUAUCGACUCAGUAAAGAGCAAAUGGUUACGUUUUUAUCGGUUGGAUACGCCGCGUCUCUAUCAAUUGGGAGCUUUCUUGGAAUGAUUUCUGAUUUAGUAGGUCAUAAGAAACUUUGUUUGUUGUUUUACUUGCUACACUUGUUCGUGAGCAUAUCGAAGAUAGUUAUUGGAACUCCGACUAUUUGGUUUACAAGCAUCUUUCUUGCACUGGCUUCUUCAAUAUUUUUCUUCAGUUUCGAGUCGUGGAUGGUAAUCGAGCAUGACAAGCUAGGUCAACGGCAAGAUUCACUGAACGAUAUGUUUUGGCUGAUGACUUUCUUCGAGUCCGCUUCUUUCAUUAGCAGCCAGGUUCUUGCAAAUUAUUUCGUUGAUGGUAAUGUGUUCAAAAACGUUAAAUCUGUGUGGAGUGGAGCUUCGGUUCUGGCUUUUGUCGGUGUUUUGUUUGUUACUCGAGGUUGGAAAGAAGCCCGACAAACGGCAGCUUUGAAGGAUUAUCACGUUUCAUUGCGUAGGCAUGCUACUAGUGAUAAAAGGAUAUGGAUGUUAUCAUGGGCACAAGCCUGUGUACACUUUUCUGUUGCAGCGUUUUGGAUUCUGUGGGCCCCAACUAUAGUGGCCGAUGGAAGAGAGGCGUCAUUGGGAUUGAUAUAUCCGUGUUUGCUGGGCUCCAAGAUGCUUGGCAGUACUGUAUUCCCAUGGUUCUUUCAUGGCCCGUUAGUUAUUCGUAUAGAGGAAUAUCUAAUGUACGCCUUUAUUUUAAUGGGUUUGGCUUUGUCGAUCGUUGCCUAUGAUUAUCAGGAAAUAGGAGUUCUUGUGGCACUAUUCUGCUUAUUCCAGGCUUGUGUGGGCUUGGUUUUGCCGUCUCUAGCCAGAAUGAGAACCAUGUAUGUGCCGAAUGAAAUUCGCGGAGGAAUAAUGAGCCUAUCCCUUGCGCCAGCAAAUGCAGCUGUCGUGUUAUUUCUGUUUCUGAGGAGUUAUCAGUACAUUGGGAAUUCAACUAUAAUUUCAUUUGCGGCGCUCGGGCUAUUCUCUUGUGCUGGAUGCAUGUAUAUUUUCAAGAAAUGGGGAAAGCAACUCCACCAAAGUAGCCACCGCUUGUGAUCUAUACACCCGUUUUUUUCUCAGAAGUUCAUUCGAUCAGAGCCGUUCAUUUUGGGGAAUCUAUUCCUGGCUCGAUCAACGGCUGAUCACAAGCGGUGAUGAAUGGCUCUACUCGUGCACGGGAAAGAAAGAAAGUCGGAGGUAAUCAAAGCUGCUAAAAUAAAUUUUCCAUGGGUUAUCGAACUUUUUUGUGAGAAUUUAUCGGAGAUGGUUAUAAGCUUACGUGUUGAUUAACAAGUCAUCAAUUUUGUCAUGUUGAUUAAGAAAAUAUAUAUUAUAUAAUUAGGGAAAUUAGUUUCAGGUCUUGGUUUAUAUAUCGGUUUCUGUUUCGGUUUU